GAGGAAGUAAGUUUGUAUGGUUCCCAUGCCUGUAGAGCUUGUUCUACCACGUUGGUGUUGUGGGGAUGGCUACUGCACAGGAUGUUGAUGAGGAAGUGCAUAAGGUGAAAAGUGAAGAUGAGGAGGAUAAUGACCCAGACCCUGAUGAUGAGGGGAGUGAGGAAGAGGAUGCUGAGGAGAAAGAACCUAAGGAGCCAAAAGUCCGUGACACACCAGAGGAUAUUCAUUUUGAUGCCAUCGUAAACACUCUAGCAUUUCAUCCUAAAGAGGAUAUCAUUGCAGCUGGCGAUAUUGAUGGCGACAUAUAUUUAUAUUCCUACUCAUGCACUGAAGGAGAGACAAAAGAACUGUGGUCAUCAGGUCAUCACCUGAAGUCCUGCAGGAAGGUGGCAUUCUCCAAAGAUGGCCGUAGCUUGUUCAGUGUUGCUAAAGACAAAUCGGUGCACAUCAUGGAUGUGGAAGCAGGCAAGCUGAUCAAACGUAUUACCAAAGCUCACAGUGUUCCCAUCAAUGCCCUGUUGUUGGUGGACGAAAACGUGCUGGCCACGGGCGAUGACGGGGGCACCCUGAAGGUCUGGGACAUGAGAAAGGGCACAGCCAUCAUGGACUUGAAGCACCAUGAGGACUUCAUCAGUGAGAUUGCCAUAGACAGCGCCAAGAAAAUCCUGCUUACCUCAAGUGGGGAUGGUACCAUGGGUGUCUUCAACAUAAAGCGUCGGCGGUUUGAUCUGGUAUCUGAGUACCAGAGUGGAGAUCUGACCUCGGUGUCCAUUGUGAAACGUGGUAGGAAGGUGAUCUGCGGCUCCAGCGACGGGACUAUCUUCAUAUUUAACUGGGACGGUUUUGGGGCGACCAGUGACCGAUUCUUUGUGCAGGCAGAAUCUCUGGACUGCAUUGUGCCGAUCACAGACAGCCUGGUGUGUGCCGCCUCCAUGGACGGAGUUAUCCGAGCCAUCAACAUUCUGCCCAACCGGGUGGUUGGCAGCGUGGGUCAGCACAAGGGGGAGCCCAUAGAGGAGAUCGCCCGUUCCCACGACACACGUUUCCUGGCCAGCAGCGCCCAUGACCAGCUGGUCAAGUUCUGGGACAUCUCCAAGCUCCCCGAACUCUCUGUCAGCGACUACCGCAAGAGGAAGAAGAAGCACGGCAAGCUGACAUCGCUCAGCAAGAAAGCUGUUGGCAAUGGAGACAACUUCUUCUCAGGGCUAAUGGAUGAGCCGGACACUCAGAACAAAAAGGACAAUACGAAAAAGGAAGAUGACGAUGAUGAUGAUGAUGAUGAUGAUGAUGACGAGGACAGUGAUAGUGGCAGUGACUGAAAAACUCUGAACUGUUUAAGAAUGUCACUGUUGAACAUAUGUCUUUUAUUGUUUAUUUUGUUUUGGUUUAUUUGUACAUUUUCGCUAUAACUAUUGUCUACUAAAUCUAAACCAUGCCACCUAUAUUGCAACACUGAUUCCACUGAAAGGAUAUCGGAGAAGUUAUAUGAACCAAAACAUUUUAUAUAGAAAGACUGGCAUAUUAAUUGAGGUUAGCCUAGAAUGCAAGAGUCAUGUGAAGGUGUGUGGCGUCAGUAUCCUAUAUGCCUGUUUUUUUUAAUGUUAAGGUUUUUUUUUAUGUCCGUCAUAAGACGCAUCCCCAGGUGUUGUUCACCAGCCCCCAACCUUCACACCCACCUGACAUUUCACUUUCACUUGGUCUGUUUCAGACUAGGCUACAGCACACUAACCAUCACUUAGUUUGGUUUUACUUACUUUGGCACUGGGACAAAGCUGGUAACAGCAGAAACAGUUAACAAAGUCUUUAUCAUCAACAUGGAGAAAGUAAGUGGUGUUGCUUGUCCAGUAAAGAGGGCGCCCUACACCUCCUGCUCAGCGACAGCAACUUCUUCCCAUUUCUCUCGGGGAGGGAAAAGCUUGAAUACAUUUGGCUGAUUAGACAAUUUCGUAAUGAAACGGAAGGAAGCCAUGGAAACAGCAAGAAACUGUACACGUGCCUCUACACAACAACAUUUACCGGGAGGAAACAAAAAUGAAUGUCGGGCUCAUUUUAUUGCUUUCACUUGUGUCCUUGGAGGUUUUGAGAGAGAAAGAGACCCACCCUGGGAAGAGGAGGAGGAUUAGUAGGAGUAAUGUCAUUACUUCCUCUUUAGAAGCGAAUGAAAGACUUCCGACGUCAGGUGGACGUCCCCUGAUUCAGUUACUGGAGUUACAUGCAAUGUUUGUUGGUUUGUUAAUGCUUGUUUAUCAAGGUUGUUCUAUAUGAAAGUUUCCAAAAGAA